AUAAUCGGCUGAGAACUCUAGCUACACUUGCGCAUUUAUGUAAAUAAUACGCUUCGAUUUGUAUGCUAUGAUUGUAAUUAUUUUUGAUAUAAAUAUAAAAUGGUGAAAAAGUGUAUUAUUCCUAAUUGUAGAAUCCAAUCUGACGAUCCAGGAUGUAUCAUUCUUGGUUACCGAAAGAUUCCUGCAAAUCAGGACAUGCAAGACAAAUGGCUUUCAGCUAUAAAAGACAAAUUCGGAAACUGUAUAGAAAAAGAAUUCCAGAAAAAAUAUUCCUAUGUCUGUGAUUUGCAUUUUCCUGAAGAAUGUUUUUAUUUUGCUGGUAGUACAACUCAGAGACUGUUGCUUCAACGACGAUCUUUUCCAUCAAUUUUUAUUAAUUUUAGAAGUCGAGCUUCGCAAUAUGUAACUGAAAAGUAUGACCUAAUAUACAAAAGGUUGCAGCUACCAGAUAACGAUGAGGGUUGUUCUUUCGAAUCUGAUAAUUCACCAAUAAAAAUAGAACCAAGUAAUUCAGCUGCGAUCGUUACCGAAUUUUCGGUUAUUGAACCAAAAAUUGAAAAUUCAUCAAGUCAAGACAAUGACUCAAUGGAGGCACCGAGUAUUUCAUGUAUUAAAAGUGAGCCAGUCGAUAAUUAUAUCAAAAAUGAAUUUACAAUUGAAAAUAGCUCUGGAAUAAGUACAAACGAAUCGAGGGAUGAAUGUACAAUCAAUAUCUCCACGCCAUUACGUAUAAAAAAGGAUUUAUUUCCUGAUAGAUCCAUUCCUGAUGCAGUACCCAAUUCCAGCAAAGCAAACAAUUCUGACUGCAUUACGAGUACAUUGAUAAACAGCUUAAAACCAAAUAAUUUUAGCCACAUAUUGAACAAGAAGUUUUUGGCUGAUGUCAAUGAAAGUGAAAUUGAUUUUAAGAAUGAAGUAUUGAAUAAAAAAUUAUUUAGGAAAUACAAAGCAGAAUCUGCAAGUUAUCAGAAAAAACUUAUGAAAUGUCGCAAAGAGAUGAAAAAUCUAAGGAUGCAGGUUUCUCGUUACAAACGUAAAGUUAUAGCCCUAAGCAUACCCACUGGGUAACAAACACCCGGCAUGAUUUUUAGUGCUCAUUUCUAAGCGACAGAACGCUGGGGUCUGUAGCCUGUGGAUGAAAAAAGUUCUCGGCCUCCACUACGCACAUGGCCCCUUAGCAGCUUCACUGUCCCAAAAUCUGUGGAAGGAGACAGAUCGAAAGUUUCUCUCCGAGUGUUGUUUACCCAGUGUGUAAAUUGUGUGUGAAAAACCGACAAAAUAGAAAAAUUCAAAUGUAAAUAAAUGUGAAUUUAUUUAAA